AUGCAGCCGAAUACUGAAGGUUAUAAUUACCCUGUUUAAAAUGAGCAAACUAAUUAGCCUAUGGGACAAUAACCUUAUUAAUAAUAACAACCCUAUUAACAAUAAUAACCUAUAAAUUAAGGUUAAGGAGUUCCUAUGGGAUAUCCGGUUAAUCAGUAAUACAUGCCAAUAUAAUAACAAUAACCUUACAUAAGUAACAAACUAAAUAAUUUAGAUGGUCCUGUUAUAAUUUAGCCUGUUAUAGUACAAUAAAUUAGAAGAGCAAAUGCAGAUGGCUGUUCAUUCCCAGCCGACAUAAUUUGCUCUCAUUGUUAAAAACCAGUUCAAACUUUUAUAAAAUAUAGAAGCGGUUGCCAUACUUGGCUUGCUUGUUGGUUAUUAUUUUUAUUUUUUUUACCACUUUUCUUUUUGCCAUUUUGUUUUGAAGAAUGUUAAGAUAAAAUUCAUUAUUGUCCAAGUUGUGGUAAAAAAGUAGGAAAGAAAAAAUACAAAAUGUGUUGCUGA